AUGAGCAAAUCGGCACUACUUAUUAUUGAUUUACAGAACGACUUUCUAGAAGGGGGGUCAUUGGCUGUUCCUGACGGAAAUGAGAUCAUCGAUCCAAUCAUUGAGCUAGCUCAGAAGAAGGAUUGGGAUUUAGUCAUUGCCACUAAGGAUUGGCAUCCCCAGGACCAUACGUCAUUUGCCUCUAACCACGGAGUCAAGCCGUAUACCGAGCUAGAGUUCACAAACCCAGAAAAUGAAGCGGAAAAGAAAAUUCAGGUGGUGUGGCCGGAUCAUUGUGUUCAAAACUCCAAUGGAAGUGAAUUUCCACCUAAGUUCAAGGCCUUUUGGGAACAGUUUACAGGGCCUAAAGAGCUAGUGAAGAAGGGGUAUCUUUCCGAUAGGGAGUACUAUUCUGCAUUUAGUGACGUUUGGAAGCUGCACAAAACCGAACUGGAUUCGCUUUUGAAAGGGCAUGGUAUUCGAAAUGUUACAAUUGUAGGUCUUGCUCUUGAUUUCUGCGUAUUUCACACUGCCAGUGAUGCUCUCCGAGAGAACUAUUCGGUAACAUUGGUGACUAACCUCACCAGGAGUGUUGCCGAUCGCGAAGGUCCGCCCUCCAAGCUACAAUCCCUGGGAGCACAUCUCGCAGAGUACAACGGCAGCGAAAUUAUUAUCAAAUAG